AGACUGCCUGUUACGCGAAUGCAGUAAGCCAAGGGCAGGGGCAUGCCAAGGCUGUGUGCGGUGUGUGGGGGCUCCAAGGGCAUUGGCAGGGCUUCAUCAAGGCUGCUGGCAGAGAGAGGCUGCAGGGUUGUUGUGGUGUCCAGGAACCAGCAUGCUGCUCAGGCCACUGUGGCGUCCCUCGAUGGAGCUGACCAUGUGGGCUUUUGCUGUGACGUCUCCAAAGGAGAGGAAGUGCAGAAGACGUUUAGGAUUAUCCUGAAGACCUGUGGAAACAUCUCAUACCUGGUCAAUGCAGCUGGCACCAACAGGGAUGGUCUGUUACUGUGGACCAGGCUAGAAGACAUGGUGGCUAUGCUUCAUACCAACCUACUGGGGAGCAUGUUGAGCUGCAAGGAAGCGCUACGGAGCAUGCUCCACACUCAGGGAGGGGCCAUUGUCAACAUAGGCUCUGUGGUGGAGUUGAAGGGGAACGCAGGUCAGUGUGUGUACAGUGCCAGUAAAGCGGGUCUGGAGGGCUUCACUCGCUCUCUGGCCAAGGAGGUGGCCUCGCGAAACAUCAGGGUUAACUUGCUGGCUCCAGGCUUCAUCGGGACAGACAUGACAGCGGGGCUGGGGGAGUAGGUAUGGACCAUCUGUUUUUAAAUAUCUGCUUUUUAUAAAUAUCUGCUUUUAAUCAGAUUUUUAAUAUCUGCUUUUUAAUCAGCUUUUCGUCUACUCAAGCUCAUGACUUUUUAACUGAUUUUGGAGUGUACUUUUUAAUUCUGAUUCACCUUGCCUUUGAAUGUGAGGAAAUUAGUGCUGAGCAGAAUUACUUGAAUUUCAUUUAGUUAUUUUUUUGUGUGAGCCCAACGCGCCGUUUCUCUAGAGAGAAAUCAAAUAAUUCACUAGAGAAAUCAAGUCGAGCUAUGUGGGAGGCCGGGGUGAAUGGAGUUGUAGGUUUCAUUAGGCAAAUAUUCAACGUAGUUCAGCGCAGAAAUGUGGUAAUUAACUACAAUGACCAUAAUCCAUUUCACCUGUUCUUACCGGCUCRGGUCAGAGACACAUACACUUUUACGCCUGCUAUACGUUAGGUUAGAUGCACACAGACCGCAUGAGAGAGGAAUGUGCAUAAUGUCGAGGUUGAUAGAGGCCGUUUGUGAAAGUAGGCCUUAUCUACUUUUAAGAACUAGAAAAAUGAUUUUGUCAGACAGCUCUGCAGCAUACUUUGGCAAACUAGCCUAGCUAAAUAGGAUGACUAAAGACAGUACAGUAUGGUAUUGCAGAGAUUUGAAAUGGUAUCUCAUCUGUUAUUUCCUCCAGUGGAUAAACAUUGUGCCUCACUGGAGAGUGCUGCCCAGUCCCCUAGUCCCCUCACACAGCUGGUACUCACCAGUCACAUACAUUUACAUGCCAUUAGAAGGCUUCAUGGAUCUGGCGCAUCUGUGCUCAGCUGCUGUCUGCCAUGUGAACUGUAAUCAUUGUGAUGUUAUUUAACCUAAGAUCAAGGUGGAGACAAUUUAAACCUGGGAUCAAGGUGAAAUAUAAUCCAAUAAGCUUUUUCGUUAAAGAAUGGAAUUUUCCCUGUGAUGGAUAAUAUGGCUGCUGAGUACAUUGGUUUGGAAUUGAUUUGUCCAGGGUCUCCUUACUCAACAUAAACACGGUAACUCCAGACUUUGAUUUUUUAUUACCUUUCAUAAACUAACAUGAUAUCAGGAGAACAUUCCAUAUACAGGCACAGAUUGGCAUAUAAAUCAAAAAGGUGUCAUAUAUGUUUGUGUGAGUGACCACAGUAAUGGCAGGAUGAAACAUGAUCUGAGCAGAUACAGCAAAAGAUGCCCAUUUGGUAAUACAGUAGUGAAAGAAAA